AUGAUUGGAGUUAAAAGUGUGUCAGUGUUUACUAGUAUAAGGUUUUUAGGCAGACAUUCUAUACGUACUGCGUCGGUGACGAAUGUUCGUUUUCUACAGUCCAAAACGGUUAUUGAUCGUCAAAUUAAAGACAAAUACCGUGCUAAACUGGAGGCGAUUGCACGUCAAAAAGGAAUCGAGUCACCGGAUGAGCUCAUUGAGGAAAUGAAAGACACUAUUGAAGAGCGUAAGAAGGAGCUCAACAUGAUUGACCCCUUGAAAGAAUUAGAAGACUACGAGGCGGCACUGGCGAUCAAGGAGGCACAACAGGGUAAGAAAAUGCUAGAUCCCAUCAGCAAGGACGCACCAAAAGGGAAAUUCAAGACAUUGGAAGAUUACCUCAUUUUGGAGAAAGUUAGGGAAUUAGGAGAGAAGGAGAUUGAAUUUCUCUGGAGAGCAAAAUUUGCAAAGGAUGAAAGAUCUGUUGUUGGUGUUGCACCAACGGAGAGCUAUUUCAAAAUGUACCUCAAUGCGAGGAAGUUCCCAACUUUUGUCCUUCCUCUACCUAGGGAGGAUGCACAGGUCGAAGGUAACAAGGAGGAUGGCAAAACUCCCAUGGAACUUCACUUUGUUCAAUGGUCAUUUGUUGGACCAAACACUACGCAUUGUAUGAUCACUACUUUGAUGGAGUACAAACUUCACGGAGAAUAUGCACGGCCACAUACAACCAUUUCCUUCCAUCAAGAGCUGAGUGCUGAGAAGGGACUCGUGUUGAUGAACGGCCACGUUGAUGAAAAUGCCGCGUUGACCAUGUCCGAUGCCCAACUGUUGUUAUUGAAUGUCCAGAGGUUCUAUGGAGCAUUUGGCACAGGCAGCGAUGUCGAGAAGGCCAGGUUGGAACUAGUCCGGCAAUUCAAUGCAGGAGAAACCGACUUUGACAUUGAAGCUGUUGUUAAGCUGUCACAAACGAUGGAACACUAA